AUGUACAAGGUGCUGCGUUCCUAUUCGAAGAAAGCUGAACGUAAGCAUGAGCUUACUCGUUCGGCCGGAGAUAGCGCAGCCGGCGAUGCAGCAGCACUGCAGAAUAUGUCGUCAUCCUAUGCUGCAGCUGCUGAUGAUAUUCGCAACGGGCAAGUGGUACCGGUAGAUCGAAAUGGCCGUAUCGAAGCAGCCUGGGCCACUGGGCAGGCGUUUUCGGAGAGCUCAUCCUAUGAGGCACGAGAACAUUUCGAGCGCAAAGUACAACGGGUCAAGAAAACACGUGGCGAACGAGACAGCAGCCGAAAAUCGAAAAGGAGCAAAGUCUCUGAGGUACUGGCAAGCGCUGACGGAGUUUCGGCACGAGACGCUCUGUUGCAGUGGGCCCAGGAUGUCACUCGUGGCUAUCCCGGUGUCAAUGUACGGAAUUUCACAAGCAGCUGGCGGGAUGGCUUGGCUUUCAACGCUAUUUUGCAUCGCUAUCGACCAAACCUGAUUCAGUGGAGCAAAAUCAGUGAUGAAAGUGUAUCAGCUCGCGAUCGUCUGAACAAUGCAUUUGCUGCAGCAGAAAGCGAAUUUGGUGUAUCACGGCUGCUGGACGCUGAGGAUGUAGAUGUGGAUACGCCGGAUGAGAAGAGUAUCAUCACAUACGUUUCCUCGCUCUACAAUGCACUGCCACAUACCAGCGAACUCAGCAAAGUUCGUUUUGUUUUGUCUUUUCUGCAUUCACAGUGCUGCUUUUUCUGA